UCUAGCAGGUUGGACUGUUGCAAGAGAUGUAGCCAAAACCAAAGGAGUGUCUGCUGCUGAUGGUCAAAAUCUGUGUCCUAUCAGAAAGGAAGAACUAACAAAAUUAUUAAUAACUUGUCGGCACGACAAGCAUCGUGGCUAAUGGUUUUCUUCAUGUCGUUAUAUUUGGGCCAAUGACAGUUGUUGCUGUCGUUCUAACCCGCAAUUCUCUCACCAUGUUGAUGACUAAACAGGAUAUGCCGAUGCUGCUCCAAUUGCCACACAACCAUAAGCCGCUCCAACGAAAAUAUAAUAUAUUAAACUUAUUAAUCCACUAUGCGCUAUUCCAGUUCAUACUGUCUGAUUUGAUAACGACUGUGAAGGGAACCUGUUUAAUCGUUAGUGUCAAUUUGAAGAAAUCAAACAUUAGAUGUGAGUCUUCUUGGAGGUUCAUAAGAAGUGAGUCGCUGAUCGUCGGCAAGCAACAGAUGUGGCCGAAGCCACGACAGUGCUAAUUUGAGUUAAUCUUGUUGAUAUCUUGUGAAAAAAAUCAGUGGUAUGGGGAGUGACUU